AUGGUUAAUUGUGGGGGAUGCGGUAAAUUUCUCUCGCCGACAGGUGCCGUCACCUGCUCCCUGUGCCCGAACAAAUUCCACAGGGCGUGUGUCGGUAUUUCGGACAGGGGUCAGGCUUGCAGAGACUGGUCCUGCCCCGCUUGCAAGCGGAACUUUCGGAAAGGCGACAAUAGCCAGACGCCAGUGAAGGGGAUCGAGGAGGCGAGCGGGAGCCCCUCUAGCUCUCCCGGCGCGACGUCCGAGGACGUCGUCGUGGAGACUGCGGCCGUCGUCGUCGACCUUCGACGCGAGGUCGCAGAAAGCAUCGCCGCUAUGAGGGAGUUUCGGGAGGAGCUGGUACAGCUGCGGAUGUCUCUCUCGAAUCUCAACGAGCGCAUGAGUAGCGUCGAAGAGAGGCUGGACGCUCUCGAGAAGCGCCAGGACGCCGGCAGCGCGGAGGAAGUCGUCGCACUCGAGCGCAAGGUCGAAGAGCUCAAACUCGAGCUCAACGAGCGGGACCAGGAGGCGCUGCUGUCCGACCUCGACAUCGGGCACCUGCCCGAGGACAAGGGCGUGAGCGCGACGCACGAGGUGACCGUGCUGGCGGCGCGGCUGGGCGUGGCGCUGGAGGCGCGCGACGUGGUGUUUGCGGAGCGCGUGGGCGCUGCGCCGGCGCCGGGCCAGGCGCCGGGCCGCCCGCGCCGCCUCGUGGUGCGCCUGGCGCGCCGCGGCCUGCGGGACGAGCUGCUGCAGGCGGCGCGCGUGCGGCGCGGCCUGGCGGCGGACGGGGGCGCGCGCGUCUUCGUCAACGAGCGCCUGACGCGCCGCAACCGCGUGCUCUUUCACAGAGUGCGCGAGGAGUGCGGCCGGCUCAAGUGGCGCUACUGCUGGACGAAGCGAGGGCGAAUCUUCGCACGUCGGAUGGAUGGAGGCCCCGUUCAUCAGUUUCGCUCGGAAGAUGACCUGUCACGGGUGUUUGGCGAAAACUGUUCGACCUAA